GCAAUAUGCUGAUACAUUGGUACAUGACAGAAACCCCCUCUCAAGGGACGGAUCCAGAAGUCCCAAGAAUUGAGCCCACCAAAGGCUACUAAUCCACCGACCCGUCAGUCCAUGGCCUCAUCCACUGAGGGCAUCAGCUCAACCUCCUCCUCGUCAGUGGAGGAAUCAACUACCGAUGACACAGGGUCUGGUUCAGAGUCAGACAUUCAGACUGAACAGCAGUUGGACAGUGCCCUCGAUCUCAUGAUGCGUCUGCCGCCUCAACAGAUCGAAAGGAACCUCAGUGACCUCAUUGACCUGGUGCCGGCUCUAACUGAGGACCUUCUUUCCGCAGUGGACCAGCCCCUGAAGAUUGCCCGGGACAAGGUUUUGGGAAAAGACUAUCUUCUUUGUGAUUACAAUCGGGAUGGUGACUCCUACAGAUCCCCGUGGAGUAAUACAUAUGACCCUCCCAUUGAUGACGGUUCCAUGCCUUCAAUUCGCUUGAGGAAACUGGAGGUUGAAGCCAAUAACGCCUUUGACCAGUACAGAGACCUGUACUUUGAGGGUGGUGUAUCAUCAGUGUACCUCUGGGGUUUGGCCCACGGCUUCGCUGGGGUUAUUCUUAUCAAAAAGGCUGGAGAUGGAUCUAAAAAGAUUAAAGGGUGCUGGGACUCCAUCCAUGUGGUGGAGGUGCAUGAGAAGUCCAGUGGCCGCAACGCUCACUACAAACUCACCUCCACCGUUAUGUUGUGGCUUCAGACGACCAAGAUUGACUCUGGAACCAUGAAUUUGGGCGGCAGCCUAACAAGACAAACAGAAAAAGACGACACGGUUGGAGAGUCUUCUCCCCACAUCGCUAACAUUGGCCGCCUUGUUGAAGAGAUGGAGAACAAGAUUCGCUCCACAUUGAAUGACAUCUACUUUGGGAAGACCAAGGACAUUUUCAACGGACUUAGGAGUGUUUCAUCUCUGGCUGACAAGUCAAAGCAGGAGGCUCUCCAAAGCGAACUGUUCAAGGCACUCAAACUGAAAAACCAAAGCUAGAGAUGCUACUGUUCUGUCCGUUUCUCUCCACCAUCUCUUCUCGUUUCUUUCCGUCUCUCCUUCACCGCCUCCUCUGUGCUGCACUCUUGUUUAUUUGUGGGAAAAAAAGACAAAUUGGAAAAAAAAGGCCCCCUGGUGUCAUACCGCACGCCCCUCCCGGCCCGGGGGUGGGUUGGAGGGGGGUGCGCUUCCGUCCCCUUGGUCUGUCUCCAGCCCUGUCCGAAUCUCUGGGCCGCGGUGGUCGCCGCUGCCCCCCUGCUGGCGGGUCGUCGAUGGGGCCUCUUGGGGCCCGCGGGCCUUGGGUGGGGAUUGCUGUCCCUUGCCGGUGGGGUGGUUGUCCCCUGGUCGCCGGCGCUUGGCGUAGCGCCUGCUCGGAGUGCGGGGGGGGUGCUCGGGCUUUGGG